UUCUGGUUAUUAACGAUCAGGAAAUGAUGGUCUCCAGGAUGCGAGCGGUAUCAUGCCGGCGGAUGGCAACGCUGGAAUGGACUUCAAUCCCGACCCGGACUCGGAACACGCCAUUGAUGUUGUUCAAAACACCAAGUUUGCCAAGAUCUCUAGUGAUCCUUGUGGUAUUGCGGCCCAAGUCAAAAUUCGCGUGAAUAUUGCUGAUUUAUUUGCAGUCAAACGAUCCAGUAAAAGGAGACGGAAGAUGAGUCGCCGUCAACGUCGCAGGAGGCGUCUUCGCAAGCGUCGCAGGAAGAUCAAGAAGGCUCGCAAGGCUUACAAGAAGGCACUUAAAAAGGCACAAAAGGCCAGGAAGAAGCUUUUUCGCGCUGAUCCCAGGGAAAGACUCAAGGCCCGUCUGAAGAUUCACCAGCUGAGAAUGCGCAUGACCGGGCGAGCGGGCCAGCAGCAGCAGCAGGUUUUCCGACGCGGAGGGCGGCUUUUUCGGCGCCCCGCGAGUGGCGGGUUCUUCCGCCGCGGCGGCCGACUGUACAGAGGACGCCCGAUCCGACGCAUCAUCCGGCGGCGUCCCACGCGCAGGAUCAUCAAGCGAGUCAAGUUGAUGAGAAGGCGACUCAACAAGAUGCAAUUGGCGAGACGAGGAGCAAAUCGAAGGAAGAUCAAAAUCCGAAUCCCAUCUGCUGCCUUCGGGGGUCUCAACAAGCAUAUUUUGCUCAACAAUGAGCAGCAGAGAAGCUUCCAGAGACGCAAUAGAUUCCGUGGGAAAUUGUGGCUGAAACCGAAGGUGAAGGCGAGACAACUCAUCAGAACUGGGCACCCGCCGAAGCGACCCAACUACAGAUAUUUCCAGGUUCAGGUUCCCAAACCUGCUGCCCCUAGAAGAAAACAGGCGCUGGUCCGAAAACCGGCGCGGGUCCGAAAACCGGCGCUGGUCCGGAAACCGGCGCUGAUCCGAAAACCGGCGCCGGUCCGAAAACCGGCGCUGGUCCGAAAACCGGCGCCGGUCCGAAAACCGGCGCCGGUCCGAAAACCGGCGCUGGUCCGAAAACCGGCCCCUGUUGUCAAACCAAAGCCUCCAGCGCCAACAACAACAACGACGCCGAAACCCGACCAUCACAUGGUUGUGAGACUAGAGCUGCCAUCUGACGUCGCAGAGGCAGUUGAGAGCGCCAAGAAGUUUGAAACGUUCAAAAAGAAAUACGGCGGCUUGUUGCGAUGA